CCACUCAGCCUUAUUACAUAUACUUGCCUUUAAUAUAUAUAUGAAAAGUCACUUCAACGAAGUUCUUUGAUCAAACAAUUCAGGAUGGGAGUGGGUCGGUAUAUAUCUCUUGUUUUCUGCCUUGGCUCAUUCUGUCAUCUUUGGUGCAGUAUUUCACAAAUACUUCCUCCACAUCUGGUCGAAGUCAGUUCAGUGUUUGUGCAUUAAUAAGGUUUCGAUAAACAAAAGUGUUGACUAAAUGUCACGUUUAUUUACUGAAAUAAGGAAGGAGUCGGACGCACUACCAGUAAAGGGCAUGUGAUAUAAACGUUUCAACUUCCCUCAGAGAGGUUCAUGUUGCUUUCCAAAGAGGUAAAUCUUUCAUCAUGAAGGUUAUACAAGACCUGGAGAUGUUCUUAUUUUUCUGGUUUCUGGUAGGUGUGUGGAGCGACAACCAAGCUGGCCUGUACAACGAUGUGAUUGGCACUCCGUGCAAAGGUUACAUCUAUGAACCCUGUUAUUUCGAUCUCUGCAACUGCAAGGCCGAAUGUGCAAAGUGUGAAGGCCAUGGAAGAAAGCUGACAUAUAUACCAAACCUGGGUACGUCAAUUACAUACUUUUUCUUCGAGAGAAACAAACUUGUCAAUGUUACAAGAAACACGUUUGCUAAUGUCACACAAGUGGAAGGGUUGUUCCUCAGUGACAACAACAUUACAUCUCUGCCGGAUGAUGCAUUCACAGUAAUGCCCAAUCUAUGGUUUCUUGAUCUGAGUUGGAACAAAAUAAACCAGACAAGCUUAGGUAAAUCCUUUGGAAGCAUACGUGGGAAAAAGACACUACGUUUGAUCCUGGAAGGAAUGGACAUACGCGACACUAGACGUUUAUUUGAAGAACUGUCGGGAAAGGUAACUCACGCUAUUCUACUGGACCAAAACAAGAUAGAUUUUCUCGAUGUAUCGAAUAUACGCCAUCUGAUGUUUCUGUCUGCUAGACGGAACAAAAUUCAACGUAUAAAGCUUCCAAAUAAUACAUACACAAAGAUGUUUAAUUUGGCUUGGAACCGUCUGCACGACUUCCCCAAUAUGUGCAAUGAAGAGAUGGUUUCAAUGCACAGACUUAACCGAAUCGUUCUGGAUCACAACUUUAUCUCAUCUCUUGUGGGAGUUGAUUUCAGUUGUUUAACUGGGUUGAAUUACAUAUCAAUGUCCGCUAAUAACAUUGACAAACUCGAAGGCAAUACAUUUGCAGAGCUACCUAAACUGAGUCAUAUCUUCUUUCAAAAUGUUUUAUCCUGUAAUCCGUUUACCGAUGAUAUGACAGAAACCUCGUUAGGGCAAUCUUCUGUCAGGAUCUUUAAUUCUGCAUUCAACAACUCAGUUUUGAAGAACAUAAACCUACGAGGAUGCCAUCUUGAAUUUGUCAAAAACGUUGAAAGUGGUGCAUUUGACGGUUGUAGCAAUCUGGAGGUUCUAGAGGUUUCAAACAACUUGAUGUAUGACGUAACUGAUGAUUAUAUGGACAGAUUGCUAGGCCAUCUAACAACUCUCAAAAUUCUCAGGAUGAAUGAUUGUGGCCUCUUCACAGUUCCAAAAGUUGUGUCCGAGAUGAUGAGAAAUAUCAGUUUUCUUUAUCUUUCUGGAAACCGGUUAGCGAAUGUCCAUAAAAGUGAUUUUGAAAACCUCAACUGGUUGAAGCACCUCGAUGUGAGUGCCAAUAAGUUUUCAAUUCCAGAUCCUGAUGCUUUUCCUGACAAACUGAAAACACAGCUAGAAUCGGUUAAUUUCGGAAAAAAUAAUUUUGAUUGCUCCUGUGAAUUACGGUGGUUUAUCAAAUGGCUUAAAAGUGCGCCUAAAAAGUUUGUUGGAUACCCUAAAGAGUAUCUCUGUGCCAGUCCUCCAAGUCUGGUCAGGGUACCUCUAAAAGAUGUCAUGAAGCUUGAUACCUUCUGCCCUCGCCAGUUAACUGACAUGGCGAUCAUACCUAGUGUUACAGGUGCAACAAUAUUACUAAUGAUUGUUGUAUCCCUGGCCUAUAGGUGGCGCUGGCACGUACGUUACUACAUCUAUAUGCUCAGGUACAAGAAACGACUUCAGCCUGCGAGAGAACGCAUGGCCUACACCUUUGACGCAUUUGUUCUGUAUUGCGAUGAAGACUCACUCUGGGUCAGAAAUAACCUGAUGAUGAAUCUUGAAGAGAGGCAUGGUUUGAAGCUAUGUCUUCACGAGAGAGAUUUCACCCCUGGUCACUACAUUGUGGACAAUAUAAUUGAUAGUCUACAAGCCAGCAGGAAAGUCGUCAUGGUGUUAUCAAACAGCUUCAGUCAGAGUCCAUGGUGUCAGUUUGAGCUGACUCUGGUUCAGAAACGUUCUCUGGAGCAGGAUGAGGGGUACCUCGUGGUGGUGCUGCUGGAGGAGAUACACGCCCGGAACAUGACGUCAUCACUGUAUGCACUUCUGCAGACGACAACCUACAUCACGUGGCCUGAGCAAGAGGAAGACAGAUGCAUGUUUUGGGACCGUGUCAAGAUUAGUGCAGGACAGUAACAUUUUGUUGUAAAAAUCUAUAUUGGCGUCUUUAAGAUGUAUCUCUUUAUAACUAGAAAUCGAAAAAGGCAGAAAUUGUUACUGAAACUUCAGCAUAAAUAAACAUUCAUUCAUUUAAAGACAGGUUUCCUUCCAUAUACCGCUUCCCUAUCUUCAGUAACACUUUCCGUCCUGUCAACCUUUAAAUGAGUGAGUAGGUGUGGCCCAGUCGUCUAAGGCGCCGCAAUUCGCUGUGCAGAGUUGCGUCCCUUGGUCAGGCCAGAAACCUAUGAUUGUGGGUUCGAAUCCCGGGUCGACCCGAUUAUGUUUCGAGGUUUGUCAGCACCAUACCCCUGCUUGUGGGUUUCAUCGAAGUGGUAAACGUCAGAGACCUGCAUCACUUUGGGCCUCCCUCCCACAUUUAGCUUACACGCCGUGAUAUAACUGGAAUACUGUUAAAAGCGGCGUUAAACAUAACUCACUCCCUAAUCCGUGUCAGGUGACCUUGGCCAUAUAAGCCUUGGUCCAGAGACGAAAGGUAACUUAGCCUAGCUGGGUUGUAUAUAACGAUUUUCCCGUUUGUAUAAAGCAAACUUGUGUAUACGGCAAGCUACUGACUUGAUGUCACUUUGUACAGAGAGCCUAACACCGACCCCAUGUAUGCAUAUAGCACCGUGCAAACAAUCCUGUUCAACAGUACAAGUUAUGUCAUAACUAACGUUUGAUAAUUACGGUGGACUAAUAAGGAAAGAACGUUAUAGUCAGUAGUACAAGGUAUUCAAUAUAUAAAAGAGGCGAGGCCACCCGGCCAUGUCCUUUAGCAGUCUCGUCAUACGAAAUGUGUGAAUAAUCACUGAGCAUUUAAUUCCUAUCGGACAUUCUGUGUCCUACGGAAGCCUUUUAGGGCCAUUUUUAUUUCUUGAAAUAUCAAGAUACUAAUUUGAAAUUUCAAGAUACAUACUAAUUUGAAAUUUCAAGAUAAUGAUCGGAAAUUUUAAGAUUAUAAGUUGAAUUUUGAAGAUUAUAACUUGAAAUUUCAACAACAAAAACAAAUGGCCCUAAAAGGAUUCCGGAGUGUCCAACACAAAGAGUGACUUUUCAUAGGUAAUGAGUAAUUGAAUUAGCUAAAGGUGAUCUUUAGAAAUAAAUCUGCAUUUGAUGAUUAAUGAAUUUAGUGACAUAUCAGCUUGAUAGUUUAUUAGCCUUGUUACUCGUUAUAAGCAAUGUGACUGCUACGUACUGGCGGGCGGGAGACAACAAACCUUUAUUGAUCAGGCUGACGAGCUUGUGGUUGUGAGAAAUGUCACAUUGUGUUAAGGUUAGGAGCAUUUGUUAUGUUCUUGCUGUUAACGAUAUUUCGUUCGUAUUUGAUUCUUUGUACAUUAUAUUUGGAGAAGUGGGACUGAAAACGUUGCCACAUACAAGCUUAUCGAAUUUUCUGCACUACUUGCCAUUGCACCACAGGCAAUUGUAAUACGGGGUUACGUGUUGACCAAGUGACUCAGGCCUUCAAAAACUUCCUAAACUGUAUAUAGCAGAGCAAAAUGUUAAUACGUGUACUCAGUUGAUAAGAAAUGCCACUGUCGACGGUGGUUAAACAAAGCUAACAUUGCAAAUGUUACAGAAAUGGAAGCCACUUUGUAUAAUGUUUUAUAUACUUCAGUGUGAAAAACUGAGUUUUCCAAAGUUGAGAAAAGUGAUAUUUUUGUUACUGGACCAGCCUGUAUUCGUUCGCUUCCAACAGUGGUCUCCUUGUUUUCAAGAAUAUUUUUUGUUAAAGCUGAUUUUGUAUAUAAACAUAUCUAAAUGUAUGAUGAAGAAUUUUCGUGACCCUAAAUAUUUUUUGAUACUUUAGUUUAUUUGGCUUAAGGUUUUGCAAACACGAAACUACUUUUUAUGUCGCAAAUACAAGGGGUGGUAAACGGUCCCUGUGUGUUAGGUAGGGAGAAUUUACGUUUC